AUGGCCUAUAACUCUUGUCUCAUUAUUAUCACUCUCACUGGAGUUCUUUUGUACACCAUCAUUUCAAAUGCGGCAUCAUCUAACGACAUCGUUUCCACCAUCUAUCCAAAAACUUCAAAAGCACAAUUUUGUUCAAGUGUGUUGAAAUCUGCAGACACUACAGAUCUAAAAGGCUUGGUUGUAUACACUGUAAACCUUGCCCAUACAAAUGCUUGCAAGUCUUUGACAUUAGCCAAUUCACUGGCAAAAACCACCACCAAUCCUCAACUUAAGCAACGAUAUUCGUCUUGUGCUGAGAGCUAUGAUGAAGUCGUUGGUGACACUGAGAAUGCCUAA